AUGCCGCCAAAGAAGCGUGGACAAAAUAUAAGAGGCCGAGAUAAGAUCUUCCGUAAUGCCGUUCAACACGUACAUGUUGGGAUUGGCCAUAAUGUGCUGGGAAAUAUUCUUCUCCAGCCUCUCGCAACCAGUCUACUCACUAACACAGAUGGCUUAGAAUCUCAACAACAACAACAACAACAACAACAAGUGCAAGAAAAUGAUUGUGCUUUUCUACUCGAGUUAAAUGAAUUGAUGCUUUCACACUCCACAGCAGAUUUUAAACGAUUUCGUUGGGAAGUGUUAGAGCUUUGUGAGUCCAAAUCUCUCUUUCAACUCAAUCACCGUAAAAUUGCGGAGAAGUUGUUAUUGGCACUCCUACGCCGAGAUAAGUAUGCGGAGGGGUAUGAAGCCUUUGUACGCCUCACAGUGGCUUUUGCACGUGAUAUGCGAGAAAAGUUUCUCACCUAUUUUGAGUGUUUUCACAAAACUGUGAAUGGUGGAAUAUUUGAUGCGAGUGGACAAUUGUUAGCCGAUACCCGUCGUUUACAAUUAGUGUUUGCGGCUCAAGUGGCUUGGUGUCGUGAGAUGCGACCGUAUUUAUUAUUAUCUGAUCAACGAAAACUCGUUGAACGUGUGAUUCGUCUAUAUGUACAUCAAAUGCAUGAUACGAAGGAAUAUAUUCGUCGAUUAUCUGCAGAAGUACUGGCGGCGUUGUGUCGAUCUGCACAAGAUUUAAUUCCACUGGUAGUGGAGGAGAUUUGUUUAGAUGUGGUGCGGGACUUUGAGGCAUACUGUGCUCAUGCAAAUGUUAUUACUGCUGCUAAACAACAAGAAGAAGAAAAUGAGGAAGAGGAGGAGGAUGAGAAGAAUGAUAUUAACAAGGAUAAAGAUGAGAAUGAAGAAGAAGAAGAAGAGGUAAAGGAAAAGGGAAAGAGUUCUAAUAAAGACUCCAACAACAACAACAAGGAAAAGGAAAAGGAAGGGAAAGCAUUAACGUCAACAACGGUCAUAACAUCUGAAUUAUUAUUUCAGUAUGAACAACAUCGACUCGCCUCACUUCCUGUUGUUGACGGUUUGUGUUUUCUCUCUGCUGAACUCUUCCGUGGAAUUCGUGGAGCUCUGAGUACAAACUUUGAGAAUUACUACGCUUUAUUAACACACGUCUUUGGUCUCUCGGGAUGUGUGCAGUUUGAGGGAACCCACUCGGCGGGUUACGGCACAGAUGAACGAGAACUCUUUGGAUAUACACAAGAAGAUGCCAAACACUUUGUUCAUUCAUCUCAAUGGAAGGAAAUAUUUAUUUCACCUCUUCAUCAUGUGAUGGGCAAUGAAGAAGAAGAAAAGGAAGAAAAAGAAAAGGAAGAUGAUGAUAAUAAAGGAGAUGAAAAGAGAGAAAAAGAGUCUAUAGGAGUCCUACGUGAACUCAUUCAACAUAUUGGAGCUAUUGCUGUUGGUACGGCUCUUCGUACAGUUGCGGAAGAAACAUCUUCCUCUCCUGUUUCUAUUACUACUGCUGUUAAUAAUAAUAGUAGUAGUAGUAGUAGUAGUAGUCAACAUCAUCAUUUAAAUAGUCCAACAGCAUUACAACAAUUACUUGGAGCUGUAACGGCUUUAUUAGAAUUCUCUGUUCCCCAUAUACGUGUACUCAUGUCUCUUUUACACGCUGCUGAUCAUAUGCUUUUACGAGAUGUUGCUGCCUUACCAUUACUACGUAAGAUUGUACGUACACUACAGCAGCAAAUGACUGAACAGCAGGAAAGUUUAAAGAAGAGAAAUAUGGAAAAGAAGAAUAAUAAUAAUGAUAAUAAUGAUAAUGAUGAUGUGCAUGAUUGGGAAUUAUUCUUACGUACAUGUGGGGCUAUGCUGGAGAUGAUAACUCCACUUUGUGUGGGUACACUCAUCACAUCUAAAUCUACAUCAUCUACAUCAUCAUCAUUAUUGUUAACAUCCGAUACGUAUAGAGUGAAGGUUCAACGUUUGUUCCUCCCACUUGCCCGUUCUAUUGUGCAGAUAUGUCUUUCUAUUACUAAUACUAAUACUAAUAAUAAUAGUAAUAAUAAUAGUAAUAGUAAUGGUAAUGAUUCUAUGCUGUGUUUGCGUGAACCAGCUAAACUGUUAUUAUUUGCGUUUGUGCAGGAUGUUUUACAGAAAAACUACGCCUUUUGUUUACGUGAUGAAAGACGUAUAGGUGAAGAAGCGGAAGAAGAAGAAGAAACGGACGAUGAAUACGAUGAUGAUUAUGAUUAUGAUGAUAAUAUCAUUACAGCAAAAGGCAUUGGAAAACAUAAUGAGGGAUGUGUUGUAAAGUCUUAUUUAACACCGCUUGGUUUCGCCCUUUUAGCUCCUAUACUGCAGGGAGUAUGUGUAUUGGCAAAUACCGCAUUGGAACACCUUGUCAAGGAGAAUAAUAAUAAGAACAAUGAUAAUAAUAAUAACAACAAGAAUAGCAACGAUAGGAAAAAGAAUAGGAACAGUACUAAAAACUACGAAGGAAAAGAAAAAGAAGAAGAAGAAUCCUUCUCAAGAAGAGAUGAUAAGAAAAGAAAAAAUUAUUUACAGACAAUACGAGAUGUGAGACGUGCAAUUAUGAUGGCAAGAAUGAUGAAUGAUCGAACGGCUAAUAUGAUGGCUAGUCCAUUAUUUGAUUUACUCGUUACAGUUCCUACAGUUGGGAGUAAUGGGGAAUCACUUUCUCUAUCAAAUGAUGAGGCUAAGAGUUCACCAGACUCCUCCUUUGCAAUUGAUCGAAUAACACUCACAACAAGUCUACAAACAUUACUUAUGGAUAUUACCACUGUCUAUGCAGAUACACAAAAGGCAAGUGAUAUGAUUUCAAUGUGGUAUGCAGGUAAAUGGGCAGAUGUGGUUUCUGCACUUCUUCCUUUGGUCGUAACUGUAGCAGAAGCCGAUCAUGCAAUAAGUCUAAAAGUGAAAAAAGAUAAAAGAAAGAAUUUACCUUCUGCAGAGUUGUCGUUUGCGGAACGGUAUCGCUCAACACUUUUACUAGUGAUGGGAUGUGUAAAGGCUGCGGUUUCCUCAUCUCGCAGUACUACCACUACUACGGAUAAUAAUAAUAGUAAUAGUAAUAAUAAUACUAGUAGUAUACAUAGUAGUAAUUCCACAUUAGCCCCACUUUCACAGUUAACGGCGGCUUCUUAUUCACUAUUUGCACAAGCCUCUGCCUUAUUAGUGCAACUCGCCACCAUGGGAGGUGUUUCUUCCUCUAAUAAUAAUAAUAAUAAUAAUAAUAAUAAUAAUAAUAAUAAUAAUAAUAAUAAUAAUGAAAAGUGUGUGGAAUUGGAAUGUGUAGGAUUCUUAAAGGAUGCGGUGACUGUACUUGCAGCCAGUUUUCAUAAUAAACAUGUGAAAUCCUUUAAUGAUGAAGAGACGGCGCGAUUAUUACAUGGAAUGGAAUCACUUCUUAUUUCAUUACUGCAUCUCUUUGGAGUGGAAUUGGAACGAGAUACGGAAACCAAUGACUCUGUGAAGGAACAAACAGAGAGGCAAAAAACAACAUCCAAACAGCAUAAACAUAAAAAGACAAGUAAAGAACAAUCCUCUUCUGAGAACCCAACAGCAACAACGGCACAACAACAACAAAAUAAAUUGAUGAAUGCUAUUUCUCGUCUACACACCGCAUUAGAUGCACAGGCACAACGUGAACUUGUACAAACUCUUUUAUUUGAAGCCCUCGCCUCUCCUGUACAUUCACUACGAGUUGUGGCCUUACGAUUACUACGAUUAUUAUGCCAUCCAGAUAUUGCCGUAUCCACAUCAUCAUCAUCAUCUGUAUUAACAGAACGUACGGCUGGUUGUACGGCGGUAGAUCCCAGUUUCUUCACAGCCCUUUUACGGGCAGAGUUGUUUAAUCCACUUUCUUCUACAGGGAAUUUAGAUGGGGUUCAACAGGCAUUAGCGAAGUUAUCAUUUGAUGCUGCUGCGGGUAAAAUUCGGGAUCCACUUCAACGUGUGAUUCUCGCAAGGGCAAUGAUGGGUUUAUUACACAAACGAUAUGCAGAUGCUUGGCCAGUGGCGUUAAAGAUUCUCUCAGAUCUUGUGCGGAUAGAGGAUACUUCUCUUCUCACUGUACAACGACUAGGGGAAAAAGAAGGAAAAGAAGAAGAGUUAUUAUUAUUAUUAUUAUUGGGUAAAGAAGGUAAUUCUACAGUAGGGACAACAAAGAUGGAACCUUUGGUUUGGCAUACAGUCGUAUGCCGUUAUGCACAUGCGGUGGUGUUUGGAGAUAUUGUACAUAGUGCUGCUGUUUCCUCACAAUUAUUCAAUGCUGUCGAUACAGAGGAUGUGCCGGAUAAUAAUAAUAAUAAUGAUAAUAUUAAUAAUAAUAUGAAUAGUAUUAAAGAGGAUGAUUGUAGUGAUGAAACCCAUGAAGUUGUUGUUCUUGUUCGUAUGGAAGAUGGUGAAUAUCAUAAGUUAGUACGUAAAACUGUUCCUAUUCCUAUUUGGUAUCGUAUUCGACUCUCAGAUAUGCAACGACAUGAAAAAGGUGAAUUGAUUAGUAAAGAUUUCUCUACAGCUCGUUAUACCAACUCAGCAGCAUCUAUUACUUUAUUACAAUUAGCAAAUGCGGAUCAUAUGAUUCUUUCCUGGCAACGUCAUUAUAUUCCAUCCGCAUCUCCUACACAUGCCUAUGGAGCUCUUACGACUCGUAGUACAGAUCGUGCGAUGUUAGCCAAAACAUUUCUUUCUGGUCUUGCAGAGAUUACAAAAGGGGCUAUUGGUGUAAAUGAUGCCCGUGUAAGUCUGGUGAUGGAAUUAGUAUUGGAAUUAGUUGCCGUUCGCCGUGGAGAACAUCCAUCAGGAGUUCGACAAUUAAAAUUAUUAGAUGAUCGACUUGUUUUGGCAAUGAAUGCCUGUUGUGGAACUAUCAUCUCAACAUCAACAUCUUCUACUACUGCCUCUACAAAGGAACAGCAAAUCCCAAUUGCACUUCGAGAAGAAAUGAAAAAACGUACAGAACAAUUACAACGUGCAUGUGUAAGUUUUCUCUCCGAUGCGAAUGCCAAAUUACAACGUGUGGCAGUGGAACAAUUAAAAAAACUAAAAGUUUCCCCAUUUCUUCAUUAUCAUGCCCAAUUACUUCCCUAUUGUGAUACCCAACAGAAUCUUUUUCACUUCCUUGCCACCUUUCAUGUGGAUAGUGAUAUACCUGCAGAAGAUACCGCAGAUUAUAUUGCCACUGCGUUGGUGAUGGCAUUACCAAAACUCACGGCAAAAGUCUCUCGUGAAAAAAUGAGAGAUCAUGCCGUUCUUCAACGUCGUAUCUUAACAUUAGUCACUCAUCUCACCAACGGAGAUGCCCUCGCGGCGGUACUGGAUGGGCUUGUGCGAAGACUUGUGUUUGAGCAACUCACAUCCAUUACUACUACUACUAAUACUACUACGGGAAGUAAAGAAGAAGAAAAAGAAAAAGAAGAAAAGAAAGGAGGAAAUAUAAUGAAAAAACAAUUAAAACAAAAAGCUUCUGAUAUGAUGGAAAAACGAAAAACAUUGGAUGGGGAAUUUGAUUUCUCCGCAUGGUGGAUGGAAUGGGUACAGAAGGAUCGUCACUGUAUACGAAAACUUGAACGACUCUUAAAACAAUUACUAAAUACUAUUCAUUUAUUAACUGUAUUAUUACAAGCGGUGGGUCGUGCCUUUGCCGCAUUUACUCCAACAUGUUUACAUCUCGCUUUAAAUGCUUAUCUUGUGGCAUGUAAACAAAUCUUACGACUUCCAUUAGAAAACCAAAAGACAUCCACUUCCACUAUUAUUAAUAUUAAUAAUAAUAAUGAGGAGGAAGAGGAAGAGGAAGAGGAGAAUGAAGAGACAUUAAAUACAGGAGUUCAUCGUCGAGUUCAUAUGGCUUUAUCUUCUGCUACUAUUAAUGCACUUCUCCCACGUUUACGUCGUGGGGCAUCUGUAAUGAUUGCCUCACUCUUUGAACAAUUCCCUACAGAAGUAAUGACCACUCUUCGAAAAGAUCUUUUCCCAACAAGAAGAACAACAACUAUGAAAGAUGGGAAUGAUAUUAAGCAAACAGUUAUGGGUCGUUAUGUAUCUAUUCUUCAGGAAAAUAAUAUUGGAGCAUUACCAGAAUUACUUGGAGCCCAUCGUGGUGGGGAUGGAAAACAACAAACUGCCGCUACUCCAUUAUUACGUUUAAUACGUGCGUGGGUAUCAUCACCGGUAACCAUGCCGCUUGUAGGGAUCUUUGAUGGUGCUGUCACUGCCAUGUUUCAACAGGUAUUCGCUAUUAAUAACAGUAAUAAUAAUAAUAAUAAUAAUAAUAAUAAUAAUAAUAAUAAUAAUAGUAUGAAUAUGAAUAAGAGUUCUUCAGGUACAUCUCGUGCUGUUUCUACUACGACUACUAGUAAUAGUAGUAGUUCUAAUAAUAAUAAUAAUAAUAAUAAUAAUAUUGGAGGACGUAUUCGAUCACCGCAGCAACAGGCCGCUACACUUUCUGUUUAUGAAGGACUUCGCUGUAUUGCGGCUAUUCUCGCCUGCGGUGAUGAACCUCUUGAGAUGAUUGGAUCAAAAGGUCAAACCACACUACGGAAAGUAUAUAUUGAGCCACAUGUUAUGACACUCUUUGGAUCUCUUUAUAAACUUAUUAUUUGUGGAGCUUCUACGUCUACUUCUUCUUCAACCUCUUCUUCCAGUAAUGAACGUUCAACAGGAAUAAAAGAUGGACGACAAUCUUCAUUUGUAAUGACAUUUAAUGUAUCCAUGUGGAAAGAAAUGAUAGCAACCGUUACUAUGCUUACAGAAUAUAUUGCCAUUACUCAUCAUCAUUCCGAUAAGUCUGAGAGUAAUGAAAACGUAAAUGUUAUGCUUGGUAAACUUUUACAAAUGUGUAUUGCGUUUGUAGCCCAUCCUGCCUCUGCAAAGGAUAAACAAACCUGUAUUACGGCUAUUGAAGUAUUGGAACAACUUUUACCACGUAUUCCCUGUGUAGAUCCUCUUACACAUUAUGAACCCAUUGUACGUCUCUUUAAUACAGUCACCACACCAGAAGCUAGACUCGCACUUUGUCGUGUAUUAACACUUAUUUUACAACGAUUAAAGAUAUCACCUUCAGAUCACGUAAAUGCUCAAUUAGCGGCGGUUGGACGUGCAGUGGCUUGUUUAAAUAGUUUUUCUGAAGAGAAUACAGAGUUGGAUCGAUAUGAUUUUGAACUCCGUUUUCAUACUUUUCGAUCUCUGUUAUGUUUUUUCCAAAAUGAUGGAAACUAUAAUAAACAGCAAAAGAAACAACGAGAAACAUUAUCAUCAGGAGAAACCGCAUUGGAAGAAAAACGAAAACCCAAUGAUAAUAAUAAUAAUAAUAAUUCCUCACGGCAAGUACGAAAAGAACGGGAUUACAGUGGUAUAUUAGAUGUCACUAUACCCUUACAUGAUACGGAAGCCCCUGUUCUCUGUUUAGAAGGUUUUACUGUCCUCACCGCAAAUGUUGUUUUCUUUCUUCGUGAUCCAGAAAAUACAAUUCGAGCUCUUGCCCAACAAUUAUUACAUGCGAUGAUACUUUACGCCACUCGACAAUCCACACGAUCUUCUUCAUAUGAAAGUUUAAUACUUGAACGAGUCAUCCGACAUGAAAUCUUACCAUCUCUUCGACGUGGUGUUACUUCACGGGAUGUACACAUUCGUCAUACCCAUAUGCAAUGCUUUGGAGCUUUAGCUCAAUAUUAUCCAACCGCUUUUCCUUCUUUUGCUGCAUUAUAUUCUAGAAAUAUUGAACAAAACUUCUUUGCUAAUGUGGGUCAUGUUCAACAUAGAUGUCGUUUAAAUGCUUUGGCACAAUUACGACAGAAUGUAUCUCAAUUACAACCUCGUGAUGUUCUCCGUGUAUUUGUGCCAUUUCUUCUUGUAGCUGUGAAAGACUUUGCACAGGGAAAGAGAGAUUUACAGAAUCUCACGGAAGGACGUGCAAAGGGAUAUUGUGGUGCUGUCUUAAUGACAGUAGCCUCACUGGCCGCAGCUCUUCCAUGGGAAGGAUAUUACCGUAUAUUAAGUUUACUUUUGUUAAAUGCGCGUGAGAAUGCCUCCCUGCGUUUACCUAUGCUUCGUGGUGUAGUAAUGGUAUUGGAUCAUUUCCACUUUUUAAAUGAAGAAGAAGAAGCAAAAGCAAAAGCGAAUAAAGAAAUGGGAGCCACAGUAAAAACAGGUUUACGUGAACCACCUCAGUCUCUUAAUAGAGAUAAGAAAGAAGAUAAGGAUAAUAAUGAUAAGGAAGAAGAUGAAGAUGAAGAUGAAGAUGAGGAGGAAGAAAAUGAGGAGAAUGAGGAUGAAGCUGUGGCUCUCGCAGCGGCUGCACUUCGGGCAAAACGAUUAAAGUACCGCAAUGCACGAGUUAUGCAUAUCUUGGAAGAUGAUAUCUUACCGCAAUUGUAUGAAUUUUUAAGUGAUGGAUCUCGAAAGAAUAAUCCCGUAGGCGCAGACUUUCGUGGUAAUAUUCAUUCCAUCACAAGUGUACGAAGUGAGAUGCGAAAGGCGGAUAAUGCUCAGCAAAAUACAGCCAUUUUACAACUUCCUGUUGCGAUUGCUAUUACCAAGAUUGUUAAGCGUUUCCCGCAUGAUCGAUUUUCUACACAUGCGGAUCAUCUUUUAGAUGAAGUCGUGUUAAAACUACGUACAAAGAAUGAUAAACAUCGUGAAAGUGCCAGACGUGUUCUUAGUGCGAUGUUGUGUGAGACAGGUCCAGGAAAACUUGGAUUUGUCAUUACGAAAUUGCGGGAUCAUCUUGUGCAUGGUUAUCAAUUACAUGUUCUUGGAUAUACGGUAGUGACUUUAUUGUAUAAUCUCUAUGAACCUCAUCACGUCUUUUCGUAUGGACAUCGAAAAGGUGUAGCCUCAACACAUACCAAUAAUGCUGAACAACAACAACAAGGACAACAAGAGGAGAAGGAGGAGGAAGGAGAAAUUGAAUCUAAAGAUAAUAAAAAUGAAAAUGAAGAUGAUGAUGAUGAAGAAGAAGAACUUGCACGUCAACUUGCCCCUGCCUCUAUACGAUUUGAUCAUGCCUAUGGUGUGGAAUGUUUAACUGCCUCUUUAGAUGAUUUAAUGGGAAUUCUAUUGGAUGAUUACCUUGGUGAGGUGGGUGAGCAGAAGGAACAGGUAGAAUUGAUGAGUACAAUGUUGGAAGUUAAACGUAAUCGUGCCCUGCAGGGAUUUACACUUCUCGCCUCACAUUGUAAAGCAGAACGAGUAAUUGAGACUUUUCUACAUAAAAUCACAUGGUUACUUACUCCCCCAAGUGAAACCACAGGAAUUGAAAAUCAAUCAAACACUCAGAAUCAUCGUAGUGGAAGUGGUGCUCGAGCUGGAGCAAUGUUACUUAUGCAUGAGUUAAAGAGUAAAUACAGUACAGUAAGUAAAAACGCCAUGGCAGAUUUGGCAUUUGUGCAAAAAGUACGUCUCUUAGCUGUACGAGUAGCACGUGCUCUCAUGACGAAUGCAACAAUGGAAGUAGAAGGAUCUUUUCAAACAGUUUGUGGAUUAUUACAACGACAUAAUGAUGUACGAGAGGAAAAGAUCCGUGCCUUUGAGGCAAAGGAUGGAACCCGUCGAGUUCGUGGAAAUACACAUAUGUUAAUUCAUCGUCCACCGGUGGAAACAUUAAAGAGUAAACGAGAUUCCAAUUUCCUUGUAGAAGCACGACCAGAACGGGUGGAUGUGGACUUUAGUGCUCAUACUGUAUUAGCAACUCAGCAAAAACAGAAACUACGUGCAUAUCGUGGUCGUUAUGGAAAAGAAUUACAACAGGCAUCGAAGGAUUUCUAUCGAGAGGAUCCCACAACAGCAGUAGUGUUAGAUACAUUGGAUGAGUUUUUACUCAAGUAUCUAUUAAGUGUAUUAAAGCAAGUGCUUGGUAUUGGGAAAGAACGUAAAUACUCUACAGCCGCCGUGCGAUUGGACUUGCUUCGUGCACAAAAGAAGAAGAAUAAGAAUAAGAAUACCGAAGGGGAUACUUCAAUGGAAGAAAAUAGUGAUGAAGAAAAUGAAGAAGAAGAUGAAGAAGAAAAUAAUAAUAAUAAUAAUAAUAAUAAUAAUAAUAAUAAUAAUAAUAACAAAAGUAUGGAUGAAAAUACAGCAACAGGUGAGGAAGAGGCGGUUACAUUAGAUCCACAGGAAUUAGAUGAUGAUGAAGGUGAUGCUCUGGAUGAUUUUGCCGAUGAAGCUCAAGAUGUGGAUAAGGAAUCCAAUGAUGAAACCACUACACAAGAACAAGAACAAAAGGAAGAAGCAAAAGAAGAGAAAAAGAAAAAUCGUCGCAUGAUGCGAGAUUUAACCGCCUCCUUCACUCGACAACAUCAAUCUUUAUUAGAAGAUCUUGUCCCUGUUGUCCUUACCACUUUACAAGGUGAAGGUAGUGAUGCUGUAGUAGGAAAUGCCUUGGAUUGUAUGUUAGCACUUGUUUCUCUUCGUCCACCUUUACGAGCAGUAGGAACUCUUCAUAUCUCUUUAUAUGAUACCGUGACGGCUUUCUUUGAACGUGGAGGGGCUAUUAAACAACGAGCGAUGCGAGUAGCCGCUGCGGUGGUUUCGCAUCAACGUUUUAUCAUGACAGAUGAACAGGCUUCUCGAUUAACACGACUUUGUCAUGCUGAAUUGGUGGAACGAAAUGAAUUUGCUCCCAUGGCUCUUGUACUCUUUCAUGCGGUUCUUGGUAAACAUGCACAUGUAGUGGAAGUCUAUGAACUCAUUGGUUUAGUCACAGAGUUAAUGAUGCAUACAAGUGCAAAACGAUUAAUGCGACAACGUUGUGUAGCGGUAAUGGCUCGUUUUCUUACAGAAUAUAGAAUGACUCCAACGAAAUUCCGUUCACAUAUCGAUCUUCUUUCUCGUAAUCUGGAUUAUCCAUGUAUGAUGGGACGAUUAGCGAUAUUGGAAUUACUUUCUGUGUUAACCCAUCGUCUCCCUACAGCAGUAUUACGAGAAGAGGCACCCGUGUUAUUACUUCCACUCGCCACUACACUUUCAGCAGCUCCACAUCCGGAAGUUCGUCAACGGGCGGGAGAUGUUUUACAGCAAUUAGUACGAAAUGCCGGUGUGGAUGUACUUGUGCCAACACUUAAUGGUUGGCUUGCAGAGACGCAAACACGAAAGAUGCGAGCCAUGGCCUUACAAACAUGGGCAUUGAUGAUUCCUUCUAUUGCCAGUGCAUAUGAUGUAAGUCAUACCGAAGAAGCUGAAGAGUUUGCGGCAUGUUGUCAAUGGUCUUUACCAGCUGUUAUGCAAGGGGCAUUAUAUGAUCAAAUUGCGAGAUCUGGAACGAAACGUCGACAUGAGGAACUCUCUGUACAAUUAAAACGUAAAUUACAAUUACGAAGUUGGACGUAUAUUUUCUUUGCCUUACGUUGUGUAGAAGCAAUGUUUACAGCUGUAAAAACAGCAUCUAUUCCUGAUAAGAUGUGGUUAGAUACAUUAACUAUAGAAUUAAUACCUUGUAUAGUUAAUCGUCUUAUUAUACAUACUCAUCCAUGGAUUCAAGCAGCCGCAUUACGAUUAAUGCGAAUGUAUUGUCAUGAUAUAGUGGAACCACGAUGUGCAUAUAUGUCAGAUGAGGCAUGGGAUACAGUUGGACUUGCAAAUACUAUGAAAAUACAUAAACAAAGGAAUAUGAAGAAGAACAAGAACAAGAACAAGAAAGAAAAAGAAGAAGAAAGUGAAGGUGAAGGUGAAGAAGAAGAGAGUUCUACAAGUAUAAAGACAUGUAUGCCGUAUGUUGUUUAUUUCCGAGAUUCCAAUACAUUAGAUACCCCUACACGUGCCUUACAAGCCUUUGAAGAGAUUAUAUCCGCAUUACGUAUAUUAUUUCAAUACAUCUCUCUCUCAGAUGUGCCGAAUGAAAAAUAUACCGCACAUCGUGCUAUUCAACACCCCUCACGUACAGAUGCUGUGGCUGUGGCUCUUUAUCUCACUCGAGCCAUGUCUGUGAUAAGUAUCGUUUUAUUCGUUUCCGCCUCACGUGCGGGUGAGAGUGUAUUAUAUUUACGAGAUGUAAUGGGGUCAUACUUUACUUCUCUCUGUAAACAUAUACAUUCGUUAUCUACACCUCUUAUUAAACACGGUUCAGUGGUGAAUGUAAUGGUGCGAACAACUUCUCUUGUGCAGUACUUUGGUGGAUUUCUUGCUGCUAUGCCAACUAUACCCAAUAAUAAUAAUAAUAACAACAACAAUAAGGGUAAUGAAAAGAUAAAUAACAAUCAUAAUAAUAGUAGUCAUCAUGAUAAUAUAAAUACUACUACUAGUAGUAUAAGUGAGGAUAUGGUAUCUUAUGUAGAUAACGCUUUACGUUGGCUUCUCAGUCGUGCUAUUGGUCUUUCAUUUAUACAAGAAACAAUUGUUCCUACAAUUACCAUUGCGAUGGGUAGUAGUAAUCGCUCAGAGCAAAUCAGUACAUUAGCCACUCAGGCAUGUGCAAUGCUGCGAGAACAGCUGGAAAUACAUCGUCGACACUUUCAAGGAACUGUGGAAGUUGACAAGUCUACAGAGAAACAACAGAAACGAUCACGAUUGGAAAAGAAACAACAAGAAGGAGAGAGUGAUAAGAAUGGAAUAACGGUGGAUGAUGUGCUCUUUGCAUUAACAGCAGAGGCCACAGCAUUACGGAAUACACGAAAAGAAAAGAAAUUGCGGCAGGAAACGACAAAAUUACUUCGUAAACGUAGUCGUAGUGGAGAUAUGGGAUUAUCCAAACCCCAUAAACAACAACAACCACAAGAACAACAACAAAGACGUAAGAAAGUGAAGGUGUGA